AUGCCAUCACAACAGUUUUACCUUCUGGGUGAAUCGACCUCGUCAGCGCGGACAAUCUCGCUUGACGGCACCAAUGAUCUUGAGGGCUUGAGGCACCUGAUUGCAUCUCACUUCGCCAUUGUCGAACCGAGUGGGAUCGAAUUCUCCGGACAAGACAUAUGCCUCACGGAUAUCAAUGAGAUUAUCUCAUCCACAACUCCCGUCGCCAUCACGAUCGACGGCCACGCCGUCCGGGACGCCCCCUCGCCCAACGGCCUCCCCUUCUUCGGCAACUUCUUCCAGAUCUUCCCAGACCACCUGGGCAACCACCAGCGUCUCUUCGAGCAGUACGGCCCCCUGAUCAAGACCAACACUCUCGGCCGCACAGUCUACCAGACAAACGACCCCGUCCUCUCCGCCAUCGUCCUCAACGAAUCCGACUUCUUCACCAAGAAAAUCAACGAGGCGCACCCGCUGUACUCGCUCAAGACCCCCUCCGCUGGCGUUUUCCUAGGAGACACAGACACCCCCGAAUGGCGGGUUGCGCACAAAUUCCUCCCGCCGGCAUUAGGUCCCAAGGCCGUCCGGCACUACGCGCCCACCAUGCAGAAGACCGUCGAGGAUGCAUGCACCAUAUUCGAUCAGCUAGAUGAGAAGGGCGAGGCCUGGAACGUGUACCAGUACAUGCUGAAGCUGGGGUCUCAGGCGGUGGGCAAACUGACGCUAGGGCUGGACUUUGAGCACUUCUCUUCGGCGGAUGCGCCGAUCCAUGAGAUGGUGCACUUGAUCGCGGAGGUGCUGUCGCUGAACAAGAAGGUCACGUCGAAGGGGGACUGGUACGCGAGUCUGCCGUUUGGGGAUCCCAAGCGUCUGAAGGACACUAAGGCGCGCAUCGAGCAGCUGGUCGAGGAGUCGGUGCAGAAUGCGCAGCGGGGAGGCGUCGAGGAUUUGCCCUUGCAGGAUGCCGCGCUGCGAGCGGCGAACAUGGUUGACUAUGCCAUCCGCGCGACAGACAACAAAGGCGAGAAACUUCCCAAGUCCAGCCUCGUCUGGGCCCUCGUCGUAGCCACCGGUGCCGGCUUCACGACGACUAGCUCCCUCCUCUCCUGGCUUAUCUACGGCCUGGUCACCUACCCCGGCAUGCAGGACCGUCUGCUCCAGGAACUCGUUGACCAUGGCUUCGACGACAACACAGAGAUCACAGCCGACUUCACCGACAAACUCACCUUCCUAGACAAAUACAUCAAGGAAACGCAGCGCCGGCACAACCCCUCCUUCCAGCCCGGCCGCAACGCAAAGCUCGACUUGAUCCUACCAGGUGGAUACAAAAUCCCCCAAGACGCAGUCGUCAUCCCCGCCCUGCAUCACAUCCACAAUAACCCCGCCAUCUGGGAUAACCCCGCGCGCUUCAACCCAGACCGGUGGGACACGGACGAGGUGAAGCAGCGGCACAAGGCGGCGUAUAUCCCCUUUGCGAUGGGCCCGCGCAUGUGCAUCGGGUUCAAUUUCGCGCUGCAGGAGAUCAAGGUCUUCCUGCCCAAGUUGAUCUACCGGUAUAAGUUUACGCGGGAGGGGGAUGGUCCGAUUGAGUAUGACCCGAUGUUUCAGUUGAUUCGACCGAAUAAUCUGUAUGUGAGGGCUGAGAGGAGGGUCAAGUGGCCUCACAAGUCGGAUGCGUAG